CGCUAAUGAAUAUUCAUGAGCGCGUUCUUGGCCGUAGUAGGAUUCGUAAUCUCGCCGAGCGAAGAUGGCGGCGUGUGGACGUGUGCAGCGCCUGCUGCUGUUGAUCCUCUUCUCCUGCUGGAUCUCUUCCUCUCGCGGACUCAAAUCGGUGAUCGUGGGCACCGAAAAUGCGGCGGAGAACGCCGAGCGGGCCAAGAACGCGGCGGCGCUGGACGGGGCGUCGGUGCGGCGAGCGGCGGCUGGAAGCUAGCAGAGGAGGCGGCCUGUCGGGAAGACGUGAGCCGGAUCUGCCCCAAACACUCCUGGAACAACAACCUGGCCGUGCUCGAGUGCCUGCAGGACCGCAAAGAUGAGACUGAAAUCGCUGCCGACUGCAAUCAUCUGCUCUGGAACUACAAGCUGAACCUGACGCAGGACCCUAAGUUUGAGUCUGUGGCUGUGGAGGUCUGCAAGUCCACCAUCAGCGGGAUUAAGGAGUGUGCCGCUGAGGAGCGUGGGAAGGGUUAUCUGGUGUCCUGUCUGGUGGACCACCGCUCCAACAUCUCGGAGUACCAGUGUAACCAGUACAUCACCAAGAUGACCAGCAUCAUCUACAGCGACUACCGGCUGAUCUGCGGCUUCAUGGACAAAUGCAGAGACGACAUCAACAAGCUGUUCUGCGGGAGCGUCAACACUGGGGAGAAGGACCUGCACUCUCAGGGCGAGGUGAUUGCGUGUCUGGAGAAGGCUCUGGUGGCAGAGCAGGAUCAGGAUCCGGAUCAGGGGCUGGCGGGCCGCUUCUCCAUCCAGGACUCCUGCAGGAAGGCCAUCAUGCGUGUGGCGGAGCUCUCCUCUGAUGACUUCCACCUGGACCGACAUCUCUUCUUCUCCUGCAGAGACGACCGAGAGCGCUUCUGUGAACACAUUCCAGCUGGAGAAGGGAAAGUCUACAAGUGUCUCUUCAACCACAAGUUUGAGGAGGGCAUGUCUGAUAAGUGUAAGGAUGCUCUCUCCACCAGACAGAAGCUGAUCGUGCAGGACUAUAAGGUCAGCUACUCUCUGGCUAAAGCCUGUAAGCCGGACCUGCGUAAAUACCGCUGCAACAUGGACACGGCGAUGCCCCGCGCUCGAGAAGCCAAACUCUCAUACCUGCUGCUGUGUCUGGAGGCGGUCGUGCACCGCGGCCAGACGGUGAGCGGCGAGUGUCAGGGAGAGAUGCUGGACUACCGGCGGAUGCUGAUGGAGGAUUAUUCUCUGAGUCCUGAGAUCGUCCUGCACUGCAGAGGAGAGAUCGACACACACUGCUCCGGCCUGCACCACAAGGGCAGAACACUGCACUGCCUCAUGAGGGUGUCCCGCGAGAAGGGCAUCCUGGAGGGACACUGCCAGAAGGCGCUCCAGACACUGAUCCAGGAGACGGACCCCGGGGCUGAUUACCGCAUCGACCGAGCUCUGAACGAAGCCUGCGAGUCUGUCAUCCAGACUGCAUGCAAACACAUCCGCAAUGGAGACCCGAUGAUCCUGUCGUGUCUGAUGGAGCACCUCUACACUGAUAAGAUGGUGGAGGACUGUGAGCAGCGGCUGCUGGAACUGCAGUAUUUCAUCUCCAGAGACUGGAAACUGGACCCCAUCAUGUACAAGAAGUGCCAGAACGACGCGGCCCGCAUCUGCCACACUCACGGCUGGAACGAGACCAGCGAGUUUCUGCCACCUGGAGCUGUGUUCUCCUGUCUGUACCGGCACGCGUACCGCACUGAAAUGCAGGGCCGGCGGUUGUCGCGGGACUGUAAGACGGAGGUGCAGCGGAUCCUCCAUCAGAGAGCUCUGGAUGUGAAACUGGACCCGGAGCUCCAGCAGCGCUGCAUGACUGAUCUGGGGAAAUGGUGCAGCGAGAAGACCGAGGCUGGACAGGAGCUGGAGUGUCUGCAGGAUCAUCUGGAGGAUCUGGCGCCCGGCUGCAGGGAUGUGGUGGGGAACCUGACAGAGCUCGAGUCUGAGGACAUUCAGAUCGAAGCACUGCUGAUUCGGGCCUGUGAGCCGGUGAUCCAGUCCUACUGCCAUGAAGUGGCUGAUAAUCAGAUCGACACCGGAGACCUGAUGGAGUGCCUCGUGGCCAACAAACACCAGAAGGAGAUGAACGAGAAGUGUGCUGUGGGGGUCACACACUUCCAGCUGAUCCAGAUGAAGGACUUCCGCUUCUCCUACAAGUUUAAGAUGGCGUGUAAAGAAGACGUGCUGAAGCUCUGCCCCAACAUCAAGAAGAAGGUGGAUGUGGUCAUCUGUCUGAGCACUACAGUCAGGAAUGACACCCUGCAGGAGGCCAAAGAGCAGCGAGUGUCCAUGAAGUGCCGCAAGCAGCUGCGGGUGGAGGAGCUGGAGAUGUCAGAGGACAUCCGUCUGGAGCCUGAGCUGUAUGAGAGCUGCCGGCAGGACAUCAAGCAGCACUGCCAGAAUGUGGUGUUCGGGAACGCACAGGUGAUCGAGUGCCUGAAGGAGAAUAAGAAGCACCUGACGCAGCACUGCCAUCAGAAGGUGUUCCGGCUGCAGGAGACGGAGAUGAUGGACCCCGAGCUGGACUUCCAGCUGAUGAGGGUCUGCAAGCAGAUGAUCCGGCGCUUCUGCAGCGACACGGACGCCAAGAACCUGCUGCAGUGCCUGAAGCAGAACAAGAACAGCGAGCUCAUGGACCCCAAGUGCAAACAGAUGAUCACCAAGAGGCAGAUCACACAGAACACGGAUUACCGCCUGAACCCAGUGUUGAGGAAGGCCUGUAAAGCCGACAUCCCCAAAUUCUGCCAGAACAUCCUGAACAACGCCAGAGACGACAACGAGCUGGAGGGACAGGUCAUCUCCUGCCUCAAACUCAAAUACGCUGACCAGCGUCUCUCCUCAGACUGUGAGGCUCAGAUCAGUGUGAUCCUCCAGGAAUCUGCUCUGGACUAUCGGCUCGACCCGCAGCUGCAGCUCCAAUGCAGUGAAGAGAUCCCGCGUCUGUGUGCAGAGGAGGUGGCUGCGCAGGAGCAGACGGGGCAGGUGGAGGAGUGUCUGAAGGUCAACCUGCUGAAGAUCAACCAUGAGGGCUGCAAGAAGGAGGUGCUGAACAUCCUGAAGGAGAGUAAAGCCGACAUCUUCGUGGACCCCGUCCUGCACACCGCCUGCGCCCUCGACAUCAAACACCAGUGUGCUGCCAUCCCACCCGGCAAAGGCAGACAGAUGUCCUGUCUAAUGGAGGCUCUUCAGGACAAACGUGUCCGCCUGCAGCCCGAGUGCAAGAAGAGACUACAGGACCGCAUAGACAUGUGGAGCUACGCUGCCAAGGUGGCUCCAGCAGAAGGUUUCUCAGAUCUGGCGGGUCAGGUGUUCACGUCUCCUGCUAAGAGCUACAUCCUGAGCAUGCUGGCGAUGUGUGUGGUGCUGCUGUUCCUCAUGGGUCUGCUGUGCGGACGCAUCACCAAACGCGUCACGCAGGAGCUGAAGGACAGGUAGAGCGGAGAGUGGCGCGGGGGCGGCGUGUUAGUGUGUGUGUGUGUGCGUGAGUGCGUAUGCGUGAGUGAGUGGUGCCCCCUGCAGGCCAGAAUGCCACCCUCUGCCUGGAACUCUGGGGUGGCAGGGGGGUGGCAGCAAUGAUAGACUCAAGCUCUCUAACGAGUGUGUGUGUGUGUGAGAGAUGAGUGUGUGUGCAGCAUGGAUGGCCACAUUGGGACCCAGUUUUAAUGGCUACACACACACUCUGUUCCCCCUGACUGUGCUCGUCCAUCAUCGUCUUCUGCUUCUGCUGUGGAUCAACCGAUAACACAAAGACUUCGCUCUCCGGCUAAACCCGUUUAUUUAUUGUGGACGCUCCGCCGUCCGCUUUCCCAGCACAGACUGUCAACAGCACAGAGGAUGAGGAGCCAACGAAUGUGUGUGUCUGUGCCUUUCGCCCGUCCCACAGCCAGAGCUGUCAGUCAGUCGUGAUCAUGGGCUGCUGCUGCUGUUUGUUUUCUCUCGAUGGGAUCAUUGAUUCAGUAGGGGUGUACAUGUAUUGAAUCUCUCUCUUAUACGGUUGAUUUGAUUUCGUUUGGGUUUCUGGAUCGUGAAGGUUUCACCCAAUAAUUGGUCCAAACUGAGCCAGAAGUGAGUGAUUGUAAUGUUAAAUGUGUGUGUUUGUUCUCAGUGGCCGCGUUCGGACGUCUCGCCGUUUCUGAUUGGUGUGUUUAUAAGUGCCAUGCUCUAAACAUCCGCAUGAAGAGUUCUUCAUCCAGCCCGUUCUGAAGGCCUUCUCUGAUGGGCUGUCCGCUCGCCUCUCGCUCAGUUUUUUGGGAUUAGUUGAUUUUAAGCACUCCAUUUUUUGCACACACCUCCGAGAUAAGCUUGUGCACGGAUGCACCAAUUCUUCAGUGCUUUUACCUUUUACUUUGUGUUUUAUGGAGCACACACUGCCGUCCGCUCGCUUGGUUUCUCUUGCGCAUCAUUCACUGUUGUCGUUUUCCUGGAAAACUCGACAGGAGUCGGAUUGUGGAUGUAAAUUCGUUCCCCUGUAAAUGCUUAUUAUUUUCCCACGUUGGCAUUAAAUCAGUCCCCAGUUCACUGUAAACAGAGCCGCGGCGCUCCAGUCGCUCUGCCUUUUUAAAUCAUUUGUAUUCCUCUUUUGUUUGUAUGCUUUUUUUUCUACAUUAAAGUGGACUUUGGUUCUGGUGUUUGAGCUUUAA